AUGCAGCAAAGCAACGGUCCUGAUCAAAACCCAUCUCCGCAACACCAACCCCAUCAUCCCCAUCAACAACAGUGGGUCCCACAGAUGCAUCAGCAACAGCAACAAUGGAUGGCAGCCAUGCAGUAUCCAGCAGCUGCUAUGGUGAUGAUGCAGCAGCAGAUGAUGAUGUACCCUCAACAACAACAUCACCAUUACAUGGCAUACUAUCAACAACAACAACAGCAGUAUCAAAAACAGCAGCAACAGUAUCAUCAAAAGCAGCAAAAACAACUACAACAACAGGGAUCUAGCGAGGAGGCUAAGACUGUAUGGGUUGGUGACUUGCUUCAUUGGAUGGACGAGACCUACUUGCAUAGUUGCUUCUCUCAUACUGGAGAGGUUUCAUCUGUAAAGAUUAUUCGCAAUAAGCAAACUGGUCAGCUGGAAGGUUAUGGAUUCGUUGAGUUUUAUUCACAUGCAGCAGCUGAGAAAGUCUUGCAGAGCUAUAGUGGCUCUAUGAUGCCAAAUACCGAUCAACCUUUUCGUCUCAACUGGGCAAGUUUUGCGGGUGAAAGGCGAGCUGAUACUGGUUCUGAUCUAUCUAUAUUUGUCGGAGAUUUGGCUGCAGAUGUGACUGAUGCAAUGUUGCAGGAAACCUUUGCUGGCAAAUAUCCAUCUGUUAAGGGAGCAAAGGUUGUCACUGAUUCUAAUACUGGCCGUUCAAAAGGUUAUGGUUUUGUUAGGUUUGGAGAUGAAAAUGAGAGGACAAGGGCCAUGACAGAGAUGAAUGGUGUUUAUUGCUCGAGUAGGCCUAUGCGGAUAGGUGUUGCAACCCCUAAAAAGCCAUCUGCAUAUCAACAGCAGUAUUCUUCACAAGCUUUAGUGUUGGCUGGUGGACAUGCAUCAAAUGGUGCGAUGGCCCAAGGAUCACAAUCUGAUGUUGACUCUAACAAUACAACUAUAUUUGUGGGAGGAAUUGACUCUGAUGUCACUGAUGAGGAUCUCAGGCAGCCGUUUUCUCAAUUUGGUGAAGUUGUUUCUGUGAAAAUACCAACUGGAAAAGGAUGUGCUUUUGUACAAUUUGCUAAUAGAAAGAAUGCUGAGGAUGCGCUGCAGAGUUUGAAUGGAACAACAAUUGGCAAGCAGACAGUUCGACUUUCCUGGGGUCGCACUCCAGCAAACAAGCAGUGGAGAGGGGAUCAUGGUAAUCAAUGGAAUGGGGCAUAUUUUGGAGGGCAAGGCUAUGCUGGGUAUGGAUAUACUAUGCCCCCAAAUCAGGACCCAGGCAUGUACGUUGCAGCUGCAGCUUCUGGGGCUUCUUAA